GUGCUUUGUCUGAUCUUUCACAUAAAUAAUAUCAAGCAUCUAAAUUGAGCAUUGUAGAGUCGAUAUUCCCUGCAAAUAACUCUGGUGGAAGUGUUUCAAUAGACAGUGGUGAUUAACUGUUCACAGUAGUCGUUGUCUGGUAGAAUUCAGAAUUGUAAACAGCAGCAGCAGCUAUUGCCAGCACUCUAAUCCAGGCUGGGACGUUCUAUUGUGAGGAAAUUCCUGAUAGUGAACUGCUUUGCUUAGACAGUCGGGGCUCCAUCUUUGCUCAGCUGGCCUACUUGACCGCGUGCUUUGAGUGAAUAAGGGCUUGCGCAGGUGCUAAAUUCGGCGCUGAAUUUGACUGAGUGGAUGUCCAGAAUUCACUGGAAUGUUUGGGACAAGAUGAAUGGAACCGGAAGUACGCAAUCAUGGCCGACGGGAUAAACCUCAUACUGAGUCUCCUUGUGCUCGCUUCUUGUGCAGGUAGGUGGGGUUACGAAAUGCAGCACACAGACUCAGACGAGAAAAACCAGAUUUUAACAACGAAUUGCUGGCUAAACCAGAUCUGGACUGACUACAACCUCCGCUGGGACCCGGCCAAGUACGGCGGCAUCAAGGUGCUCCGCUUGCCUUACGACGAAGUCUGGAAGCCAGACAUUCUUCUCCACAACAAUGCUGAAGUCUCCACAUUCGUCUCGUCCACCUCGUCCAACCUUAUCGUGACAAACGACGGAAAUGUCACUUGGUUUUCUAUGGUGAUCUUCAAGAGUUCCUGUUCUAUUAACGUCAGGUACUUCCCCUUUGAUGCACAAAACUGCUCCAUGCAGUUUGCCUCUUGGUCUUAUGAUGGAUAUCAGGUGAACUUAAUAAUGAACACGGAGAAGGGUGACACAAGCAACUAUAUCCACAACAGCGAGUGGGAACUUAUAUACCUACAAGUGGAGAGGACGGUGCGCAUCUUCUCGUGCUGUGAGGAGCCCUAUCCAGACAUACACUUCCAUAUACUUAUAAAGCGGCGGCCCUUGUUCUACAUCUUUAAUAUGAUCCUGCCGUGUAUACUCAUCACACUGGUGGCCCUCCUCGGCUUCUAUAUCCCGUCGGACUCUGGGGAGAAGGUGACCAUGGGUAUCACCACCCUACUCUCUAUGACAGUCUUCAUGAUGCUUGUCACUGAGAACAUGCCACCCACCUCGGAUGUUCUGCCUCUGAUAGGGAUCUAUUAUGGAAUGACGAUAUUCAUCGUGUCGUUUGCCACGGCAAUGACGGUGUUCACGUUAAAUAUUCAUCACAAAGGGUCACGAGGUAAAGCCGUGCCAAUGGUCAUCAAGAAAAUCUGCUUUGACUUUCUCGCCAAAAUGUUCUGUAUGAAAGUGGAUACAUGGGACGAGAAACACUUCACCCCCGAUUGCAAUGGAACACCAGGAGGAGCAUCAAACUACAUCCGCUUUAAAGUGGCAAACCAACAGGACACUGACCAACUAAACAUGGAGCUGAAACAAACCCACGAGAUGUCGCCUCUAAACCGCGUUGAACUGCCCCUGGACAGUGAAUCUUUUCAGAGCAACGGUGCCGUGCCACGGGCAUUUACCUCCUUUCGGAGUUCCAAUGGCAACGGUGGCUCUUCCUCGGAACAGCAAAAUACCGAGCUCACAGGCUUCGAGGCGUAUUUUUCCCGAGUUCUUCAACGAGUUUAUCAGACAAUUGAGCGUAAUGACAUACGAUUAGCGGAGCAGGAUAAACGAGAGGGGAUUAAACUGGAAUGGCAGCAGGUGGCGCAGAUUACUGAUCGUCUUCUACUCACGUGUUUUGUUUUGGUCACCUUGACCAUCACAGGCGUUGUACUGCUGGCGUCUCCGGCAUCUGUGAAAGUCUGAGCAUAGGACAGACUGGAGCUGGGACGUAGGAGUAUCAACCCCUUAACCUUUGUGGCACGAGUUCUUUGAUUCAGAUAAGAAUUUCUUCCAACAACCAUAACAUAGAAUAGUCAGAACAAACUUUUUCAACAUGAACACAAGGACAUUUUUUCGAUACUGCCAUAACAAGGUCUUUUUUAUGAGCAAAGUGGUUGAUCAGCCAUAUCUCAUAAUGAGUUACAUGAAAGAAAGAGCGAUGUUGUUCAUAUAAGGUGUUGUUAGGAGACAGUUACAGGACCUGAGCCCUUGACAAGAGACAGCAUGUUUGUAAACUAAAAUUGUAUGGCAACUUUCAACCUAUAUUAUUUCCUUUCUUCGCCUUUGUUUCUUUUAAUUCCCCAAGCAUGGGGCUGUGAUUUGUGGGA